AUGCGAUCACGAGCGAUCCGACCUCUCGAUCUUGACCAUACUUGCAGGACGUGUUUAGUAAGCUUCAUUGAACUCGUAGAUACUUUCGGAUCGGAAAUCGGAGGUCGUGGGCCUCGUAGGCCCGGUUCACCAAGUUUGAGUAGUUUGACUCCUCGGUUGAUCGCGAGUCUUCCGAGUUAUGGAAUGGAUGAGCAUGGGAUACUUGAUUGA